AGCAGCUGUUGGCGUUGCCCUUUCUCGGACCGGGUUCUGAUAUAGAGAGGAGGGUCCCCCUGCCUUUCCGACCGUGUCGUUUUAUUUUCUUUUCCUCUGGCCCCGUUGCUGCCCCUUUAGACAUCCCCUCACCUCUGCCUGUUACGGAACCCCGUUCAUCAGGCCGCCAACAUGGACUACGAAGCGCUGAAGGAUCAAUGGAGCGACGUUGAGGAGCGCGAUGGCAUCAGACUGAGCUGGAACACAUUCCCCAGCUCUCGCAUGGAAGCAUCCCGACUCGUCGUCCCCAUCGGUGCUGUUUACACCCCCCUCAAGGAGAAGCCGGACUCUCCUUUGCUACAAUAUGAGCCGGUCACCUGCAAGCCGCCUUGUCGGGCUGUGCUGAACCCCUACGCCAAUGUCGACGUCCGGGCACGGAUUUGGAUCUGUCCCUUCUGUCUCCAGCGCAACCCCCUGCCCCCUCACUACAAGGACAUCACGGAGAGCACGAUACCUCCGGAACUUCACCCGAUGAGCACCACAAUCGAGUACCAAUUGGCCCGCCCCGCUCCCGCCCCCCCUAUCUUUGUAUACGUCGUCGAUACCUGCCAGGACGAGGACAGUUUGAAGGCCUUGAAGGACUCUUUGAUUAUGAGUCUGUCGCUGCUGCCGGCAAAUGCAUUGGUCGGCCUGAUCACAUAUGGUACAAUGGCACAAGUGCAUGAGCUUGGCUAUACCGAGUGCGCCAAGUCGUAUGUGUUCAGGGGAAGCAAGGAAUACGCUGCAAAGCAGGUACAGGAGAUGCUUGGUCUCGCGUCCGCACUGCCCCGGUUCCUCCUGCCCGUUCAACAGGCCGAAUUCCAGAUCACGAACGUGCUCGAGCAGCUUCAGCGCGACCCGUGGCCCGUUGCGAACGACAAGCGUCCUCUCAGAUGUACGGGCGUCGCCCUUAGUGUUGCGGUUGGCUUGCUUGAGACAUCCUUCCAGAAUGCCGGUGGGCGCAUUAUGAUGUUCACCAGUGGUCCGGCCACCGAGGGUCCUGGUCUUGUCGUUGGCCCUGAACUGAAGGAACCGAUCCGUUCUCACCACGACAUUGAUCGAGACAACAUUAAGUAUUACAAGAAGGCUGUCAAGUUCUACGACACCAUGGCUAAGCGCGCUGCCAACAAUGGGCACAUUGUGGAUGUCUUUGCUUGCUGUCUUGACCAGGUCGGUCUCCUGGAGAUGAAGAACCUUGCCAAUUACACCGGUGGUCAAAUGCUUCUCACGGACAGCUUCACAUCCUCUCAGUUUAAGCAGUCUUUCGUGCGGAUCUUCGACAAGGAUGUCAACGAAAACCUUCUCAUGGGUUUCAAUGCAUCCCUCGAAGUGCUGACCACCAAGGAGCUGAAGGUCACCGGACUUAUCGGUCAUGCAGUCUCUCUGAACAAGAAGUCGACAUCCGUGGGCGAGACAGAAUGCGGCAUCGGCAAUACUUGUGCCUGGAAGAUGUGCGGUAUUGAUCCGGCUUCAAGCUACGGUAUCUACUUCGAAAUCGCAAACCAGGGUGGGCCUACCGCUGUGCAGCCAGGCCCCCAAAGAGGAAUGAUGCAAUUCCUCACAUACUACCAGCACUCGUCCGGGCACUACCACCUCAGAGUCACGACGGUUGCACGGAACCUCAGCGGCCCGGCUGGCGAUCCGACGCUGUCACAGUCAUUCGACCAGGAGGCGGCUGCCGUCUUGAUGGCACGUAUCGCUGUCUUCAAGGCCGAGGUCGACGACGGACCUGAUGUGCUCAGAUGGGUUGAUCGGAUGCUCAUCAGGCUUUGCUCCCGCUUUGCAGACUACCGGAAAGACGAUCCCACCUCAUUCCGGUUGGAGAAGAACUUCACUCUUUACCCGCAGUUCAUGUUCCAUCUGCGCCGAAGCCAGUUCUUGCAGGUGUUCAACAACUCCCCUGACGAAACCGCUUUCUAUAGGCACGUUCUGAACCACGAGGAUGUUGGCGAUUCGCUUGUCAUGAUUCAGCCCACUCUGGAUUCCUACUCUCUGGAACACGAGGGAAGCCAGCCUGUGCUUUUGGACUCGGCCUCCAUCCAACCCUCUCACAUUCUGCUCCUGGAUACUUUCUUCCACAUUCUCAUCUUCCACGGCGAGACUAUCGCCGAAUGGAGAAAGGCUGGGUACCAGGAUCAAGAGGGCUAUGAAAACCUGAAGGUGCUCCUCGAGCAACCGAAGGAGGAUGCAAGGGAGCUGAUCGCGGACCGUUUCCCCCUUCCCCGUUUCAUUGUUUGCGAUGCCGGUGGCUCUCAAGCACGUUUCCUUCUGUCGAAGCUGAACCCCUCUACUACGCACACGACAGGUGGAUAUGGCGGCGGCGUGACGUCGCAAACCAUCUUCACCGACGAUGUCUCGCUGCAGACAUUCAUGGACCACCUCAUGAAGCUUGCCGUUUCCGGAACUAGCUAGAUUUGACGAGGUAAUGGCCAUGACGAGAGCAAGGGGCGGUUUACGUCGGUCCUCGGGUCGUUUGUAUCUUUAGCGGUUUUUUUUAAUUUUUGCUUGUUACCCUGGAAUAUAGCUGCGUCCUAGAUUCGACGAUUGAAUAAAGGCAAGAUUCCGUAAU